UUCAGGAUCCAUGAGCUCUCCCAGUCCCGCCCACACACCGACAGAGAGAGGACCCAACAUGGCUGAAGAAGAAGGAAGCGAGGUAACUUCUGGGGGUAUUUUCCAGGAGAUCUUCACCUCCCCGCUGAACCUCACCCUGCUCAGCCUCUGUCUGUUCCUCCUCUACAAAAUCUUCCGCGGGGACAAACCCCCGGAGCUCGGCGAGGUGGAGCCCCCGCUGCCCAAACUGAAGAAGAGAGACUUCACCCUCGCAGAGCUGAAGCCCUACGAUGGACUCCAGGACGCGAGGAUCCUCAUGGCUGUCAACGGGAAGGUGUUCGACGUGACGAGGGGGAAGAAGUUUUACGGGCCAGAGGGGCCAUAUGGAGUGUUCGCAGGCAAAGAUGCAUCCAGAGGGCUGGCUACGUUCUGCCUGGAGAAGGACGCCCUGAAAGACGAGCACGACGACCUGUCCGACCUGAACGCCAUGCAGCAGGAGAGCCUGUCCGAGUGGGAGACUCAGUUUACCUUUAAGUACGACUACAUCGGCAAGCUCCUGAAACCAGGAGACGAGCCCACGGAGUACACGGACGACGAGGAGGGAAAAGACAAAAAGACGGACUAGAGAAUGAAACGUGGACAGGACGGGGAAAUGAUUGAUGCCUUAACGUUUGUAAUUUUGAUGCUUGUUGCCUCCCAUUAGGGCCAAUCUUCUGUAUGUAUUCUAGGACUAUCACAAUCCUGCGUUUUAUAUGCUGAGUGACUGCAUUCCAUUUAUUUCCAUUAAUCUUACGGCAUCAACCAUUAAAGAUGCAUCCUGACGUAGAGCUGUGUUAGAGUUCAUCAGUAACUUCAAAAUGGAUCCUUUGUAGAUCUCGGACCAAUUCCACCGACGGUUAAAUGUCCCGUAGGUCGAGACUCGUUGGUUGUCUAAUGAAGAAGAUAAUCCACAUUAUUCUGUAUGUUUCAAGCGACCAAUGGGGACGACAAUCUUUGAAAAUGGUGCCGUAUUGAGCGAGAGCGCUGCAGCCAGCCGCUUGGUACGCUCUGUAGGAGUUGGAGAGACGAGUGCAAGGAAGAGUAGCUCAACUAAAGCAUUUUCAAUAUCAUGGCUGAAUAUUUAGCUGAUUUCAACAAUGUGGAUGCGACGUGAGACAUCUCCGAGCGAGACAUAAUAACAGACCGGAUCAAGUGAAAUGUAAAGAACAAUGUUCUGCUUCUCUGUUGGGCCCUUUUCCAUAAUGUUCUCAGAUUAUUAACAAUCCUGAGCCUGUCGGUGGCAACAACACACUUCUACUUGAUGUACUUUGAUGCAUUGCUCAAUACUGGACCAUUUUCCAAUUGGGUCCAUGUUGAGAAAUAGUUCCUCUUUAAUAUCGCUGCUGAUGUAUUGACACAUUCCUUUCAAGGUUUUGGCUCGGCUCACAUUGAAAUUAAUUGUCUCAGGAAGUAGUUUCGCUCAAAUAAGUAAAAGACACGAUGAGGGUCAGAGGGCAGAUUUUAAGUUUUUUUUUUAACCUUUCCACAUAAACUUCAGUUUAACAGAAACGCUCGUCUUUGAGUUCUACAAAGCUCAAGUUUCCCUGAAGAAAGAUCUUUUCUUUUUCAAACAAUACGACGACGACGAUGUUUCGUAAACCCAUUGAAUGAAUCUGCUGAUGUGAAUGUUCCUGUCUGUUAUUACGUUUGUCUGAUUUUUAGUGUUGAUUUCAGUUGAGACACUUCUCUUUAACUAAUCCUGUGAGUGUUGGCAGGAGUUCACUGAUUUUUCGGAUUGCGAAACUCAACUAUGACAAUCCAUUUUGUUUGCUGCUUAGCACCAGAUCCUAAUUUUAUAUAAAUUAACCAUCUAGAAAAAAUAUAAAACAAUUGUUCAGCUUCUCAAAUAUAAGAAGUUGCUGCUUUUCUUUGUUUUACACAAUUAUAAUGUGAAUUGCUUUUAGAUUUUGGACUGUAGGUCGGACAAUAAAAGAGUAACGUGCAAUGAUUUUCUUUCAUUCACAUGCAGUAGUGUCUUCAGUGUUCUGUAGUUCAUUACAUGGUGCAGAAGAAAAGUUCAAAGUACAAAGAAAUGGAUUAUAAAAUGCUAGAAAGGCCAAACUGCUACCAGUAAAGUUACAUUUUUAGUAGAAAAUCAUUUAAUUUGUUCCCCAUUCAGCUAAUUUACAACCUUUUUGACACUAAUCCAUGAUGGACAAUAAUCAAACGUUUAUUGUGUCCGUUAAACUUUGUUUAAUCCUGAAGUUAAAUAUUGAAGAAGUUAGUUUUAAAUGUGUUAACUCCUCAAUAUUUGCUUUGCCACCAUCGUCCAUGUAAAAGCUGGAGAGAUCGGCCACUUUCCAUAAAAACAGAUUCAGUGAGGGAAUAUUUUCAGUAUGCAUGUACAUACAUAAACUAAAUGUCAUAAUCUUGAAAUGAUAUUUUGACUUAAUAAAGAAAACUAAAAAAUGAA